CCCAGCCUCAACGUCUCCAUCGAAUGCCACCGUGUCACCGACCUGGAUCCCCCCACCAUCGACUGGGCUUUCGAACUGACCAAAAGCAACAUGCAGACCUUGUACGAACAGAGCGAAUGGGGUUGGAAAGACAGGGAGAAAAGGGAAGAGCUGACGGAUGAACGCGCCUGGUUCCUUAUUGCACGUGAACCCAAAGGGAACCCAGUGGCUUUUUCCCAUUUCCGCUUCGAUAUUGAAUGUGGGGAUGAGGUUUUAUACUGCUACGAAGUGCAGCUGGAAAACAGAGUGAGGAGGAAAGGGUUGGGGAAGUUCUUCUUGCAGAUUCUCCAGCUGGUGGCCAAUAGCACCCAGAUGAAGAAGGUGAUGCUGACCGUCUUCAAACACAACCACGGCGCCUAUCAGUUCUUCAGAGAAGCAUUACAGUUCGAUAUCGACGACUCCUCUCCCAGCGUCUCAGGCUGUUGUGGGGACGAAUGUACGUACGAGAUCCUGAGCAGGAGGACCAGAUUUGCUGAUGCUCCACAACUUCCUCCUGCUGCUCAUUGUCCCACCUGCUGCCAUUAAACCCCCCCAUCUGGAUCCCAAAUCUACCCUAUUUACACCCAAAAUCACCCUCUAUGUCCAGGCCCAAUAUGGCGGCUAUCCAGGCCCAACAUGGCCACCCCUAUCCAACAUGGCCGCCCCCCAUCCAACAUGGCCGCCCAAAUCCAACAUGGCGGCCCCCCAUCCAAUAUGGCGGCCUUCCAUCCAAUAUGGCCGCCCAAAUCCAACAUGGCCGCCCUCGAGCUUCAAUAUGGCCGCCCCCCAUCCAACAUGGCCGCCCCUCAUCUCCAUCAUGGCCACCCCCAUCCAACAUGGCGGCCCCCCAUCCAACAUGGCGGCCCCCCAUCCAACAUGGCCGCCCUCCAGCUCCAUCAUGGCCAACCCCAUCCAACAUGGCGGCCCCAAAUCCAACAUGGCCGCCCAAAUCCAACAUGGCGGCCCCCCAUCCAACAUGGCCACCCCCCAUUCAAUAUGGCGGCCUUCCAUCCAAUAUGGCCGCCCAAAUCCAACAUGGCCGCCCUCGAGCUCCAAUAUGGCGGCCCCCCAUCCAACAUGGCCGCCCCCCAUCCAACAUGGCCGCCCCCAUCCAACAUGGCGGCCCCCCAUCCAACAUGGCGGCCCCCCAUCCAACAUGGCCGCCCCCCAUCCAACAUGGCCGCCACCCAGUCAAUAUGGCCGCCCCCCAUCCAACAUGGCCACCCCCCAUCCAUCAUGGCCGCCCCACAUCCAAUAUGGCCGACCCCAUCCAACAUGGCCGCCCCAAUCCAACAUGGCCGCACUUCAUCUCCAUCAUGGCCGCCCCAAUCCAACAUGGAGGCCCAACAUGGCGGCCCCAAAUCCAACAUGGCCGCCCCCAUCCAACAUGGCCGACCCCAUCCAACAUGGCCGUACUUCAUCUCCAUCAUGGCCGCCCCAAUCCAACAUGGCGGCCCCAAAUCCAACAUGGCCGCCCCCCAUCCAACAUGGCGACCCCAUCCAAUAUGGCGGCCCUCCAUCCAAUAUGGCCGCCCAAAUCCAACAUGGCCGCCCAAAUCCAACAUGGCCGCCCUCGAGCUCCAAUAUGGCCACCCCCCAUCCAACAUGGCGGCCCCCCAUUCAACAUGGCCGCUCCUCAUCUCCAUCAUGGCCGACCCCAUUCAACAUGGCCGCCCCCAUCCAACAUGGCGGCCCCAAAUCCAACAUGGCAGCCCCAAAUCCAACAUGGCCGCCCCCCGUUCAACAUGGCCGACCCCCCAUCCAACAUGGCGGCUCCCCAUCCAAUAUGGCCGCCCUCUCCUUUAUCACCUCCAUGUUUCAGAAGCCUUCAGGUUGUAUUUGCUGUUAUAGGGCCGCCCUUAGGCCCCCUCAGUUCUCAGUUUUGGGGAUGAAAAAGACUUUUUACCCUUUUCUGUCUCUUCGGUUUCUAUUAAAUAAACGUUGGACAAUUUGA